GAGUCUGUAAAGAAUAUGGCGGCUGUCCUUACAACAGCCGAUAUGACCAUUCAAAAGAAUUCUAAGAUUUUAGUAAAUGUUGAAGAAGCAUUAGAAGAUUUAAUUGUAGUAUCCUAUACAGACGUAAACAAAAAGUUUCAAGGUGUACUACUAGAUUCUAAUAAAGGAAAUUUACCUUUCGGAGUAUAUAGUCUCCAUCCAUCGUUUACCAAGCAAGUUGAACAGGCAGACAGUAAAGAUGAAAAGUUACAUUCCGUUAGUCAAAGGUUUACUUAUCAAGAUCCUGAAUAUGAAGACGUCCAAAAGUCAAAAAAGCAGGGUUCAAAAUCCAAAUCCCAGGCGCGACAAAAGAUGACAGUGAGAUUACGCCCUAGGAAGGUGUUGUGUUCUAAUUGCCAAGGUAUUUGUAACGAGAAUAGUGAAAACGUCGACGUGUCCAAGAAGCGAAAACAUGACUUGGAUGACGAUUCACAGAGGGAUAGUUCUGAGUCAUCGAAGUUAGAGAAGAAGUACCUCAUGGGUGGCAUGUUGAUGCCUAAACUAUCUAAAUUACAGCCUAAUGAUAUUACGACUGCUACUAAAGCGAAAAAUACGUCCAAAUCUAGUGACAAAGGUAGAAGCUUAAAGAGAUCUCACAAUGAUGAUGGACCAACGAGGGAGCUUGCGUUUGUUAGUGUUUCGGACAAUAGUGAUAAAGAAGACGUGAAGGAUGGCGAAAAUGCAUUUAGUAAUUUAUUUUCUAAUGCCAGGACACUCAAAAUAAGUUUCGGUGAGGGUGAAGGCACUGUAGUUAAAAUACCACCACUGGCUGGUGAUUUCAACGAAGACUCUGGUGUAUCCUGUGAUAUGGCGAAACCAGAUUCUAAAGCAGUUAAGAAAGCUUUGAAAAAGGCAAGGAAACAAGCCAAAAAGGGCAACACUUUAGAGAAAACUGUUAAUCUGUGGAUAGAAAAAUCUCCAAAGCAUAUAGGGGCUCUGUCCCCACGAAACAGUGUUUGUAAUAGUCCACCAUCACUGGAUUCCUUGGAGAAGAAGCAUAAACACAAAGUCAAACAUAAAAAGAAACAUAAAAUACAAAAGAAACGAGACGAAAACACAAGUAAAAGUGAUGCCGAUUCCUUGGAUUGUUUCAGCAAUGCUCAGGAGGAAUGUUUGAAACAGAAGUUAUCCAUCAACCUACGUAGGCUUAGUAGCAAUUCAUAUGAACAUAGGACUGAAGAAAACGAGCUAUCCGAAGACUGUGAAAGUGAAACUGUGCCGGAUUUCCCAGCCAGUAUAGAGAGUGUUGGGGGUAAAUUGCUUAGGGUAUCCGUGGGUGACAUAGUGUGGGGUAAAAUUGUUGGUUUUCCUUGGUGGCCGGGUAAAGUUAUGAGUGUGACUCCUUCUUCUAGGGCCCAUGUAUCGUGGUUUGCUUCUACCACAUCAUCGUUUAUGCCCUGCGAAAGUUUGAGCCCUUUCCUGCAGGAUUACAAGAUACGAUUCAACAAAAAGAAAAGAGGUCCAUACAAAGAGGCCGUCAAACAAGCUACAAUAGAAGCGAGAAGAAUUGAAUCUCUGAAUGAUCCGCUAGCAAGUCCAACCCAUAUGUCCGACCCCGCCCCACAUACAAUAGACGUGUUCUCGUAAUUGUGAUUAAAAUAAACAGCCGAAUUAAAAAUAAUGUGAUAUUAAAGUUUGCACAAACUAUUCGACCAUUAGUUGUAAGGAUUCGUUUAGACACAUUACCCUAGUGUUAGCAUAAGCAAAUGUGUAUUAGUUAAUAAAAGAUAAACAUUAAAAGGUAAGAGAUAAGCAUGUUUAUGUUAAUCUCAAUUAUCAAAGAUGUAAAGAUAAAAUAAAGAGUUGAAAAUAAUUAAGGCCUAAAAAAUUAAGUAUCUGUCAGUUUCAUAUAAAGCUGAAGAGGUUUUUGUUUUGGCUAUAUAAUUUUUGAGUCAAUUAAUUCGACAGUCCUAGUAGGUCACGGUAUUCAAUUGUUGUACUGAACCUUAUAAAUUAAUUAAUGUGCAAUAUAAAGAAAAAUUAUUAAAAAAAAAAACUUGCAAUCCCAUACAAUUUUAUUAAAUAAACAUAGCAUAGCUUUAUAAGAUGAAUCAUAAAAACGUUAGCCUUUAUAAAAUUUUCAAUGUUAAUAUAUUAGGGUUAAUUGUUGCCAUUCCCAUUAAUUGAUUAUUUUUUUUUUUUUGUAAAUUAGUUUAUGGUAUUUUUUUCUCUUUUAUUCGUCACCAAAUUAGUUGAUUGUUAUUUAUUUCUAAGAAACAUUGAUUUAAUAUUAUAAUUUGUUGUUAUAUUACCUUUGUUGUGCAUCAUUAUUAUUUAUUAUAUGCAUCGAUUAUGAAACUCAUUGUACUUACAUUAAUACUAUUUAUAUAACAAACAUGUUAUUUAGACAAUAUACGGUCCCAUAGAGAUAUUUUACUGUGACUAAAUGUGAUUCAUAAAUAAACUGCCAAUUUGCGAGAUAUAUCCCGAACGUUAUAUUGUUAUACUUCAUUAACUAGUGAAAAAUGUUUUAAAAUAGUAAUUAAAAAAAAAAAAAAGUAAAAAUGAAGCUAUGGUUGAAUUUCUCAAGUAUUAUAACAUUCUGAGCUUAGUUCUCAAUCUAUUAUGCCAAAGGUUAAUGAUCUUUGUCUUUGACAUAAUUUAAUAAAUAUAUAUUUUAUUAGAUGCGGUUAUAUGUAAGCUCUAACAUUCUGCUGUGUAAUCAGUACAGGAAUUGUAUUUUUAAUAGACGUGUAUAGGCA